AUGGAGAAGAGGGCAAAUUACGUGGGUGGUACAAGAGAGCGAAUAGUGACCGAGUUCCUAGCCCGAAUGCGACCACCUCGUCCAGCGACCAUUGCGACCCAUUGCUGUCUCAGAGCUCUCCGAUAUUCGAGUCCCGUGUUCUGGAAGGAAGUGGAAGCAAAGCAGUACAGUGUAUUCGAUAGUGCGGACACAUGUUUCACGAUUGCAUAUUCAUGUAUUAUGCUCAACACUUUGUUACACAAUCCAAAUGUGAAGGAUCGACCGACCUUGGAACGAUACCAAAGCAUGAACAAGCUAACAAUAAGUACAAGUAGUUACACGAUGUAA